CGCCGCAAAAUGCUAGAUGACACACGCGUACGUUAGCAGCUAAACGACCAACGCGCACGCUAGCAGCUAAGAAACUUUGGAUGUUGAAGAAGAAACUAGCUAAGCUAAGGUUUUACCAGGACGACGACGGGUCUGGGCAGAUUCCAAUUGGGAGAUGCUAAAACAAGGCUUUUUCAGGUUAUCGUUUGGCAUUCAACAUCGCGUCUUCGUUAUUCCAUGGGUGAAGAAGAGUCACUCUGUGCCGAGAAUCUUGUGUUCUGGAGAGCAGCGGGAAUACUAUUCUUCGGGACUGUUUAAGUACGUUCCAAAGAAAUCUCGCAAGAUUGGUGAAGAUUUGACAUCUCAGCCUGUUGUUGAUUGUUCUGAUAAUAAAGGUAGAUUGGAUCAUAGUGUUUUGGGAUCUCAACUGACUGGUAACAACAGUGAAGAGGCUAGAGAGGGCACCUUUUUGGAUCUCAAGGAUAUAAACGUUGCUGGAAGUUACAUGAAUAUUGUGUCUAGUGAUGAUGACUCUGAUGAAGAGUUGGAAGAAAGCAGCUAUGAAGUUGGAUCUAGUUGGAAGAAAGGAUCAACGACCAGACAACACAAACAAGCUUAUGAUAAAGUCAAAGUAGAUAUGAAGGAAGCUGGGAAGGCUAAGAGUAGCAAAGAAGCCUGCAAAACCACGCAAGAGGCAGAGAACAGCGCCAUUCGCUAUCUCGGUUUAAGAGCAUAUUCAGCAGCUGAGUUGAAGAAAAAGCUUAUUGGAAAGAAAUAUCCUCUUGAAACUGUUGACAGAGUGAUCAAUGAUUUUCAGAUUCGAGGUUUUAUCAAUGAUAGCUUGUACGCUGAGUCAUUUGCUCGAUCUAGAUGGUCUUCUUUAAGUUGGGGACCAAGGCGGAUCAAGCAAGCAUUGUUUAAGAAAGGCAUAAGCAACGAAGACUCGGAAACGGCCAUAAAAAUGGUUUUUGAGAAAGGCCAGUGCAAGGAAGGAGAUGAAGAAGAAGAAGCAGAACCAAAGCAUGGGCUGUCCAAGCAAGCAGUGGAUCAGCUUUAUGUUCAGGCAUCGAAGCGGUGGCUCCAAGGCCGAGACUUGCCUAUAGAAACUCGUAAAGCUAGAGUCAUCCGGUGGCUUCAAUACCGGGGAUUUAACUGGGGUGUCGUUGCCCAGCUUCUGCAGCGGUUAGAGUCUACUCGUGAGUCGUGAUUCAUAUUUUUACGCAUGUAUCGUUUUGGCCCCUAGGUUUUCUAUUUGUAAUAUUUGCCAACAAACUCACUCACAUUAUUAGUCUACCAUGUUAGAGUAAGACUAAUGUAAAAAAUUUAUUUGAAUUGGUAAAUUUUUAGGAUUCUUUGAUUGUUUAA